GUUGCAGCCUGAGGCAGCGAUUGCCGCCUGACAUGUGGAUCCUCUUGAUAAACAUCCAAGAAUUCAUUCAUGCCAUUUCCAGACAUGACGUUAUAUCUCGAUAUUUCUCUGGUCUAGCAGAAGUAAUGCAUCAGCUAGUAUAUACAUAAUGCCGCGCACAUAUGGAAAAAGGAAGCAACAGACACGUCUCGCUUUUGCACCGGUCCCUGAGGACUCUGUCCCCAAUGCUGCUAAUAGCUCCAGCUCUCCCCGGCCGGCAAAACUCCGGUACUCUGAUCCAUCAUCUGCUUCAAGGAGGAUAUUUGCUAGGGGCCAACUGCAGCUAGAAGAUUAUACUGAGCGGCCGUGGGGCAAUUUUCAACGCACUCCGGGUAAUGAAGUUAGUGAGAAUGAUGAAACCUCAAUAAGAGAGAAGAAGAAGAAGAAGAAGGAAGGGAAGAGAAAGAAGGUCUCUACUUCACCUUCCCCUCACCCUGAGUCAGAAAUCCACACCGAGGCUACCGCCUUGAUUCCAGAUGAAGGAAUCUUUCACCCAUCAAAGCGGAGACGCAAAUCUAAACUCACCGUAGUUGACAGCGAAAGCGACAAACAGAACCAAUCUUCUAACUCUACAUCUCAGAGCCAAGAACUACAAGAUUCAUCCUAUAGGGAAGUCGCCAUGAAAAAAUCCAAGAAAGCCAAAUCCAGCAAAUCGCUGCUUCAGCGUGGACAGAAUGAGGCUGAGGGUUCCACCGACAGUGCUUCAUACUAUGCUCCCAAGACUCGCUCAGUCUUGAACGAGAAGCGACGACUCAGCAAUCCUACUUCCCCACCGCGCAAGAAGUCAUUAGCUGUCGAUCUGACAGGCUUAGGAGAAGCAGAGACAAGUGACUCGGAAGACCUGGUCAUUAUUCCAUCUUCCAGUCGCAAACGCAAAAUGGCCACAAAGCAACAGCAGGACCCAUUUAUAUUCGAUGACAACGACGGCGAUAGCGAAUCUGAUGUAAUUCCUAGCAGUCGCAAGCGCAAGACCUCCAAAACGAAACUAAUACAUGAGGAAAGUCCUACUCAAAUUAUUGACCUUGACGACUCUUCAGACGACGUUGUCACUUCCACUCCUGCACGCCGUGGUCUGAGGAAAUCGCCACAUACCCCUAGCAAUCGUCACAAGGAAAUUUAUGAAACACCAACUAGCUCACGUGCGCGACAGGACGAGCUCGACAUCCAAGAAGACUUGGAAGAUCUUAUGGAUACUGCUGUAAAGAGAAAUCGCACGCGUGGUGCAGUGGUUAAUUCUGCGAGAAGCAAGCGUCAGAUGCAUCUGGACCUCCUACGUCGUCGUCGAGCAGGAGAGAAAAAUUUGACAGAUGCAACAAAUUCGGCAAGUGAAGAAGACGAUGACGAUUCUGAGGGAGCCUCAGACGAUAGUAGUCAGCACUCAGAUAACGGCUCAGAAAUUGCCGUUUUCGGUGUCAACAAUGAUGAUGAAACUGACGAUAGCGAUGCUAAUUCGGAAGUCAGCUCUAUCGAGGAUUUAGACAAGGAUGAUGCAUCUUUCGUUGAAGAGGAUGACACCAUGGGUGUCCCAGUCGACAUGCCCUUUGAAUUCAGCCGCCACCGCGUCAAGCAGCCGCGAGAAUGUUUCCGUGAUGUCGUUGAAUGGAUGGUCCACAACAAGCUGAAUCCAGCCUUUGCACGCCAUGACGAUAUCUACCAAUUUGCCUUCAAGAAACUCAGUGACGAGGUUGUCGGCAGAACUGGCUCGCAGCUGAUUUCCUCCGUCUGGACCCCUGAAUUUGUAAAUGUACUGUGCGCAAGGCCGUACAUCGAUGUUAGCGGCUUCCCUACUUCUGAGGAUGUCAAGUGUGCUGCUUGUAAUCGCACGAAGCAUCCGGCAUCUUCAGAUGUCAAGUUCUUCGGCCUGCCAUAUUCCGAAGAUACCCUAGAGCCGUUAUAUGACAGCGAUGAUGAUAGUGAAGAUGACGAUGAGGAAGAAGAAGGAGGCCAAGUAAGUGACAAAAGAGCACGUGAUCGCAACAUUGAUCGAGAGGGCAAUGUUUUGCCUCCAGAAGACAGACAUUUCUAUUUAGGCAGACACUGCAAAGCGAAUGCUGUUCUAACUCAUACACUACUUCACUGGCGUUUCCAUUUGUACGAAUGGGUCGUUGAUUACCUCGAUGCCAAGGAAGGACUCUCCGACCCCCAGCGCUCAGUCGAACGUGACAAGCUUUCAAUGAAGAAAAGGGCUAAAUACGCAAAUAAGGUUGUGGAUGCGAUGGACACUGAUGGAGAGAUUCAACGUCUUUGGAGAGAUUUCCAUCAUAAUUUGAAAGCGGCGAGGGAGAAGAAUGGUGGUCUCGCUACUAAUCUCCGGCUAUAG